AUGUCAAGCGGAAGGAAAAGUCAAGGUAGUCAAAAGAUCAAAAUGAAAAAAAUGAGCAACGAGAGUAACCUGCAAGUGACUUUUUCAAGACGUCGUAGCAGAAUCUUCAAGAAAGCCAGUGAACUUUCAACCCUGUGUGAUGCACAAAUUGCUCUUGUUGUAUUCUCACCUAGUGAAAAGUUAUUUUCUUUUGGACACCCCAAUAUUGACACAGUCAUAGAUCGUUAUCUCUCUCGAGUUCCACCCCAAAACCAGGACAUCAUAGAAUUCAUUGAAGCUCGUCGUAAAGCUAAUGUCUGUGAGAUCAAUACUCAGUUGACUCAAAUCAAUAAUACACUAGACAUUGAAAAGAAACUUGGUGAUGAACUAAGCCAUUUGCGCAAAGAGUUUGAGGCUCAGUUUUGGUAG